AAUGUUCAAACGCUGAGGCAAACGCAAGUGGAUUAUACUCUUCAAAACAUAGGUUAUACAUAUAUAUAUAUAAAUAUAUAUAUAUAUAUCCGAGACAUGAGUAAAUCAUUUCUUAUUGUGAUCGGACUCCAUCUGUUGAUCGCGAUCAAGUGUCAAACAUUACCAAGCAAUAUAAAGAAAUGUCAUUUUGGCGAUUCGAAAUGCAUUGUUGGAUCGAUGAAUGCAGUGAUAAGACGAUAUUCACGCGGUCUAUCUGCAAUCGGCAUGAAUCCCAUCGAUGUUGUUAACAUUAAGGAUUCGAAUGUUUGGAAUAAUGCACAAAUUGGUGGGGUGUGGUUUCAAUUUAAGCUAUCCAAUCAAGUGAAUUAUGGUUUCGAGAACACGACAGUAAAGCGAAUCAAAGGAUUUGGCAAGGAUCCAACAGCCAGCACCAUGGAAAUACAUGGACAGAUACCAAGUCUUAUUCACAAGGGCAACUAUGUGGCCAAUGGGCGGGUUUGGAUGAUAGCCCUAAAUGCGACAGGUGAAUCAACAUCGGAUUUUCAGAACUUGCGAUUCAUCUUAAAGCUGAAAGUCAUACCAGAAUAUCGAAAUAAUAAGCGCUAUCUGAAAAUCUAUGAGCUCGUGCCAAUUGUCAAUAUAAGUCGCUGGAUUGUGUGGCUAGAUAAUCUAUUUCCAGAGAACAUGGAUCUAACCAUUGCAAUCAAUGAGCUGCUCAAUACGAACUGGUUGGAGUUCUGGAAUGAACUGGAACCGGCAUUUCUGACCAUUUUUAGCAGUGUAUUUACGAGCAUGAUUGAAGAUACGUUUCAGAAAAUAUCCUACGAUGACAUGUUCCUCAAGGAUGAAGGAUGAGACUGAAUGAAAUAAUUAAGCUAAGUUCAUUUUUAGAUUUGCUGUGAAAGCGUGUAUUGAUGCAACAGGAAAUAUAUACUUAUAGUUUAUUUAAAUUAUAUACAUAUAUUAAGUAAGCAAUCCGGUUUUCCAUAUCGUUAGCUAUAAACCUAACCCGAGCUGAUUUCUCGACAUUAUUUACAAUUGAGCAUUGGCUAAAGCAGGUUCUAAGUGAAAUCGUGUCGUGUCUGUAAAUAAUUGUA